GCGCGGGCCGCGGCGCGCCCCCCGCGUGCCGGUCCCUCAUGUCGUGGCUGUUCGGGCUCAACCGCGGCGCUGCCCCGGGCGGCGGCGGCGGGGACGCGGCACCCCCGGGCACCGGCACCGGCAGCGGCCUCUCCCUGCCGCCCGUGCCCGCCGGCGGGGCUGGCGGCUCCGGGGACCGUCAGACGCCCAAGGACAAAUGGAGCAACUUCGACCCCACGGGCCUGGAGCGCGCGGCCAAGGCGGCGCGGGAGCUGGACGCGUCCCGCCAUGCAAAAGAUGCUCUGAGCCUUGCCCAGAUGCAGGAGCAGACCUUGCAGCUGGAGCAGCAAACCAAACUGAAGGAGUACGAAGCUGCCAUAGAACAGCUGAAGAAUGAGCAGAUCCGGGUGCAGGCAGAAGAGAGAAGGAAAACACUCAAUGAAGAAACCAAACAGCAUCAAGCAAGAGCCCAGUACCAGGACAAACUGGCACGGCAGCGCUACGACGAGCAAAUGCGACAGCAGCAACUGGCUAAUGAGGAAAAUCUGAGGAAGCAGGAGGAAUCUGUGCAGAAGCAGGAGGCCAUGAGGCGAGCUACCGUGGAGAGGGAGAUGGAGCUGCGGCACAAGAACGAGAUGCUGCGGGUGGAGGCGGAGGCGCGGGCGCGCGCCAAGGCCGAGCGGGAGAACGCCGACAUCAUCCGCGAGCAGAUCCGCCUCAAGGCCGCCGAGCACCGCCAGACCGUGCUCGAGUCCCUCAAGACAGCUGGGAUGCUCUUUGGGGAAGGAUUCCGUGCUUUUGUGACAGACUGGGAUAAAGUCACAGCCACGGUGGCAGGCCUGACCCUCUUGGCAGUGGGGGUUUAUUCUGCCAAAAAUGCCACAGCUGUAGCAGGGCGCUACAUAGAGGCAAGGCUGGGCAAACCCUCCCUGGUGAGGGAAACCUCCCGGAUCACGGUGCUGGAGGCUCUGAAACAUCCUAUCAAGGUUGGUAAACGUCUCACCAGCAAGGCUCAGGAUGCCCUUGAAGGCGUUGUUCUCAGUCCCCAGCUGGAAGCACGUGUGAGAGACAUUGCCAUAGCAACAAGAAACACAAAAAAAAACAAAAGCCUGUACAGGAAUAUUCUGAUGUAUGGUCCCCCUGGCACUGGAAAAACUCUUUUUGCCAAGAAAUUAGCUGUGCACUCAGGCAUGGAUUAUGCCAUCAUGACAGGAGGGGACGUGGCCCCCAUGGGCAGGGAAGGGGUCACAGCCAUGCACAAACUCUUUGACUGGGCCAACACCAGUAGGAGAGGCCUCUUGCUGUUCGUGGACGAGGCCGACGCGUUCCUGAGGAAAAGGGCCACAGAGAAAAUCAGUGAAGAUCUCAGAGCAACUUUGAAUGCAUUUCUGCACAGAACAGGGCAGCACAGCAACAAGUUUAUGCUUGUUUUAGCAAGCAACCAGCCUGAGCAGUUUGACUGGGCCAUCAAUGACAGGAUAGAUGAGAUGGUGAAUUUUGACCUGCCCCGGCUGGAGGAGCGCGAGCGGCUCGUCAGGAUGUACUUUGACCAGCACGUCCUGAAGCCAGCCACGGAGGGCAAACAGAGGUUGAAGCUGGCCCAGUUUGAUUAUGGCAAGAAGUGCUCAGAGAUUGCCAGGCUGACCGAGGGCAUGUCUGGCCGGGAGAUCUCCCAGCUUGCUGUGGCAUGGCAGGCAGCAGCCUACGCCUCGGAGGACGGCGUGCUGACCGAGGCCAUGAUGGACGCCCGCGUGGCCGACGCGGUGCAGCAGCACCGGCAGAAGAUGGAGUGGCUGAAAACAGAAGGUGCUGAAGCCAACAAAGAGACUGCCAGGAACCCCCUGCUGCCUUUCCCCAAAGGGACACCAGUGUGAGAAACCUGCAGGCUUCACCUGAGGAGAGGAAAAAAAGGCAAAGGUUUGGUGGCGUCGCCCGUGGAGAGCAGCCCGUGGUGCCAGGGAGGGGCUGCUGCCUCAGCCUGCCGUGGCUCUCGUGGUUUUAAAGUGCACCAGAAAAACAAAAUGGGUUCAAAAAGGCAGAAGCAACUGAAUUUAUUAAAGGACCCCUUGGUGAAAUACCA